AUGGCUCCAUCACCGCUCCUUCGCUGGGGCUCCGUUAUCUCAGUUAUUGCAGCCGCAGUUUUUGCCUAUUCCUUCCAGCAACACCCGUUUCUCUUUACGGGUGUUCACAAUGACCCUCUUCCAGUAUAUUGCUACCAGAGCGUGAGGACUCAUGAUGCCGCACAGCCGUCUGCUGAGUGUUUCUCGGUGGAGGAUGGCAUGUUUCGCUACGUCUGGACCCAGGAUAGCAGGGACUCUCUACACCAAGUAAAAGGAGCCGACAUUUCCGUUUCAGAUGGCUACGCGAUUCCCGGUCUUUGGGAUGGCCAUGGGCAUCUGCUGCAGUACGGAGAAUUUCUUCACUCAGUUGAUCUUUUUGGAUCCAAGUCGCUUGAUGAAGUGAGAGAUCGCAUCAAGACAUACCUUGCCGCAAAUCCAGGAGCAGGCACCAAAGGCCAGUGGCUUCGCGGUAUUGGAUGGGAUCAGUCUGCCUUUGGUCGCAUGCCUACUGCUAGCGACAUUGAGCAAGACGACGAGCUCAGAGGAAUUUUCAUGAUGCUGGACAGAAUUGAUGUUCAUUGCUCGUGGGUUUCACAGUCAGUGUUGAACCUCCUCCCAGAAAAGAUCCCAGACGUUCCCGGGGGCGACGUUAUUCGUGAUCCUGGCCAUGGAGUCUUUUGCGAUAAUGCCAUGGACAUGAUUAUGGCCUUAUGGCCGAAGCCCGGAGAAGAAGAAAAAGCUCGAGCCGUCAAGUCAGCUAUGAAGGAGUUGAACAAAUUUGGCCUGGUAGGAAUGCACGACGCUGGUGUGACGGCAGACAACGCCCGGCUGUAUUCAGAACUGGCGACUUCUCCAGACUGGACCGUCCGGGUUUACAGUAUGCUGGAGUGUGCAAAGAGAAACACUUUUUGCCCCGAAGCCAUUUCUCAAAUUACUCUUUCAAACGGCAUGUUUGGAUUACGCAGCGUCAAGCUAUUCGCUGACGGAGCUUUGGGAAGCUGGGGAAGUGCCAUGCUUGAGCCAUACAGUGACCACCCGUGGACUUCCGGAUCCCUCCUCAUCAAUGCGUCAGCCCUCACAGAAGUGACCAAAGCUUGGGCCAGAGAGGGCUUUCAAGUCAACAUUCACGCCAUAGGAGACCUGGCCAACCGCAAUGCCAUUGAUGCCUUUGAAGCAGCCUUGAAAGAGCAAUGUGAACAAGAAAACCUUGCCGAUUGUCGAUCUAAGCACCGGUUCCGCAUCGAACACUCCCAAAUUAUCCACCCCGAUGAUCAGAAGCGCAUGCACGCUCUCGGCAUCAUCCCUUCCAUUCAGCCCACCCACGCCACCUCUGACAUGAAGUACGCCGAGGAGAGGCUCGGGCCAAAGCGAACAAAAGAAGAAGCCUACCGAAUGAAGUCUCUGCUCGACAUCAAACCCAUCCUCGGCAGCGACUUCCCCGUCGAGCCACCAAACCCCUUCCAAGGAAUUUACGCCGCGGUCACGAGGAAAAACCCGCACACUGGAUUAGGGCCUGACCCCAAAAAUCCCUCCCAAGGAUGGCAAACACAAGAGACUCUCAGCUUGGACGAGGCCCUUGUGGGCUUCACACAGAAUGUUGCGUAUGGAGCAUUUGCUGAGCAGUACGCAGGCUCAAUUAGGCGUGGCGCAUUUGCGGAUUGGGUUGUGCUUGACGAGCCGCUGGAGGACAUGGAUGUCGAGAAGCUUCGCACACUCAAAGUAAGAGAGACUUGGGUAGCAGGAAGAAGAGUGUACUCACGAGAUGAGGAACGAUGGCCCUUGUCAGAUUCCAAGUAA